AUGAGUCUAAACAACAGUCAAACUCUGACUGUUAGUGGACAGGACAGCCGAGCCCCCUGGGAGGAUGCUCGGGUGGUUUUAAAGCCCUCCACCCCAACCAGAAAACCCAAACCACCAAAGCCGGAGAAUGCCAUCACCAUUGCUGUGUCUGCACGAGUCCUCUUCAACAUGGAGAAAGAGCAACAGAUCUAUGAGCAACAAGGCAUGGAGGAGUACGUCAGGUAUCAGGUCGAGCAUGAAACACUGCCUUUCAGCCCUGGACCGGCCUUCUCCUUCGUCAAGGCUCUGGAGGCUGUGAACACUCGGCUACGUGAGCUUUACCCUGAGAGCGAGGAGCUUUUUGAUGUCGUGCUCAUGACCAACAAUCACGCAUAUGUUGGCCUAAGACUCAUCAAUACCAUCAAUCACCACCAGUUGUUCAUCGAGCGCUUCUGUAUGACGGGUGGAAACAGUCCUAUAGGAUAUCUGAAGGCCUAUCACACUAACCUUUACCUGUCUGCUGAUCCAGUUAAGGUUCGAGAAGCUCUGGAGGAAGGUAUUGCAGCAGCCACCAUGUUCACCCCGGAGAAGAUUACAGAAGUGUCAGAUACUCAGCUACGUGUCGCCUUCGAUGGAGAUGCUGUCCUCUUCUCUGAUGAAUCAGAACGCAUUUACAAAGCCCACGGACUGGACAAGUUCUUUGAGCACGAGAAGGCGCAUGAGAACAAGCCUCUGGACCACGGACCACUGAAGGGAUUUCUGGAGGCUUUGGGAAAGCUGCAGAAGAAGUUUUAUGGAAAGGGCCAGCGCAUGGACUGCCCGAUCCGGACCUACUUGGUGACAGCUCGCAGUGCAGCCAGUUCUGGCACAAGGGCCCUAAAAACUCUGCGUUCAUGGGGUCUGGAGAUCGAUGAGGCUUUGUUUCUGGCAGGAGCCCCCAAGGGCCCCAUGCUCGAGAAGAUCAGACCACACAUUUUCUUUGAUGACCAGAUGUUUCACGUGGAGGGGGCGGCGGAAAUGGGGACGGUGGCGUGCCAUGUGCCAUAUGGGAUCGCACAGAGAAUCAUCAAGACAGGAAUUAAGACUUCUUCAGCCCCAAAAUAGCCUGGACAUCUCUGUGCAGAGGUACGGGAGCCCAAAGGGACAUUUUAUUUUCACUUUCAGCAGCAGAGGAUAUAGGAAGAGUAUUUAAAAAUAUUAAAGUGUCCUGAAAACGGGUAUAAAAGAAAUGAAACCUUAAGUGAUGCAAUAUGAUAAUAUGAAGAUAUAGCCAUGUGAUGUCACUUUAACCUGGUUUAAACCUUUCUAUUGUUGACCGUCGAUAAUGUUUGAGUUCAGAGGGAAACUUCACAAUUGGUUGUUUUUUUAUCAGUUCAAACAAAAAAAGCUUCUGUUUCCAUUGCCCAGCACCAUUUAUCUGUAUUUGAGUUAUGCUUCAUUGGUGAGGUGUAAGUCCGAUGUUAGACUUCAUUAAAGCAAUGUUUACAUCACCAGUUUGAAAGAUUUCUACUCUCCUGAGACAACUUGGCCAUGUUCUUUGUGGAUAAGGGCUGUAGAUGAUGUGUUCAUUUUGAUGUCUGAUUUUUUAGCUGGUUAUGAAAUAGAUUGAAAUUACAAGUGAUGCCUCUGUUGGCCCUUUUCUACCCGCCCGUCUUAGCCCUACUCUACUCGACUUGACUCGACUCUACUCGGUUUGUGUCGUGUUUCCACGGGCAUGGUACCUCGUACCAGAUACUAUUUUUUUAGUACCUGCUCUGCUCUGGUUCCAAGCGAGCUGAGCUGAUACUAAAAGGUGACAUCGACCGACUGCCGGCCACUGAUUGGUCAGGGAAUGUCGUCACUGAAGAGUCA